CACACACACAAGACAGCGAUUACGUCACACGUCGGGAAUGCACUGAGGAGCUGCUGCUGCUUCUGCUGCUGCUAAAGGCCUCGGGAUCCGUCACAAAAUGAAACUGAAGGGAAGAGGAGAGUCACUUUAAAAGAACCCUGCCAUGUCCGGUCCCACCUGGCUUCCACCGAGAACUCUGGAUAGCCCAGAGCGAGCUGUGCCCCAGAUGUCUCACUCUGCCGGGUCAGCAAUGUACCGAGCCCCCAACAAAAAAGGGACAUCCGACUUCCGGCCAAAUUAUUGCCCCUAUGAGCAGAACGGAGGAGAAGGAGGAGGAGGAGGAGGAGGAGGAGGAGGGAUGGCCACCAGGUACAUGGCAACUGGACCCACAGGUGGGCCCAUUCAUCAUUCGUCGAGCGAUCACUAUUACCCCCCUCCACAUGGUCCCAAAGAAGAACGUAUAUGGAGCCCUCACAUGGACAGCUAUGAGUUGAUGCACCGCGGUCCUGAAAGUCCAGCGAGUUAUCACUCUAAAAUCGAUGCUGAUAUUGACUCCCUCACCAGUAUGCUCGCGGAUCUGGACAGCCAUCCACAGGACUCCAGCACACAACUGUACGACAACGUGCCUUACAACAAGUACCUCUCAGGGGAUCACUACAAGCCUGCACACCAGAGCCAAGCCCCUCCUCAGGGUCGGCCAUCCAGGGGCUAUCCCACUCAUCCCCAGAGCCAAUACCACCCAGGGCCCACCUACACCAGCGAUCUCCAGUCACCUCAGUACUCCACCUCCCACCAGCAGGACUACUACUCCUCUUCUUCAAGCCCUAAGCCCUACUCUCAGCCCUACCCUCAGCCCGUCCCGGCUUCCUACACCACUGCCUCAACUCCUACUGGGCCCAGGUUCAGCGUCCAAGUCAAGACGGCACAGCCUGUCACCUACUCUCAGACAGGCAGGCAGGCUGAACAGGCCUACACACCACCUCCUCCUCGCCAGCAUGUGUCACGCCCCCCUCCUCAGACUCAGACAAGUCCGCAGGGCUGGUACCCUUCACAUCCCAGUUCACAAGCUCAGGAGAUGCUCUCUGAGGCGGUGUACAAGGGGAGUGGCUCAGGACCUGGAGGAAGAGUUAACCAGGUUCCAAUGUCUAAGAGAGGGAUGGAAAAUAACCAAACGGGGUCGGGGGCUGCGCAGAGUCCUGCUUAUCAGUCCAGCAAGCAGGGAAUAGCAACAACUAGGCCUGAAGAAGAGUUGGAUCGACUCACCAAGAAGUUGGUAUAUGAUAUGAACCACCCCCCUGUUGAGGAUUAUUUUGGCCGCUGUGCCCGCUGUGGUGACAACGUGGUCGGUGAUGGCAGUGGCUGUAUCGCCAUGGAGCAGGUGUUCCACGUGGAGUGUUUCACAUGCAUCACCUGCCACGCCCGUCUCCGAGGGCAACCCUUCUACGCUCUGGACAAGAAGAGUUACUGUGAGAGUUGUUACAUUAGUACAUUGGAGCGCUGUUCAAAGUGCUCCAAGCCCAUCCUGGACCGUAUCCUGCGGGCUAUGGGAAAGGCUUACCAUCCUCGCUGCUUCACAUGUGUGGUUUGUAACUGCUGCUUGGACGGGGUGCCCUUUACCGUGGAUGCAACCUCUCAGAUACACUGCAUCGAUGACUUUCAUAGGAAGUACGCUCCUCGCUGUUCAGUUUGCGGUGAGCCCAUAAUGCCCGAACAGGGCCAGGAGGAGACAGUGAGGAUAGUUGCUCUGGACCGCAGCUUCCAUGUUAACUGUUACGUCUGUGAGGAAUGUGGUCUCCUGCUGUCCUCUGAAGGGGAGGGCCGAGGCUGUUACCCGCUGGACGGCCACAUCCUGUGUAAGAGCUGCAGCGCUUGCCGCAUCCAGGACCUUUCAGCCAAAAUCUCCACUGACUGCUAACAAAGCUUUUUGCGUGCGUCCCCUCCACCUUUUCAGCACUCUCACCAAUCCACGCACAGUCAACAUAUUACACAUAACUGAUGGCACAGACAGGAAAUGCCCCUGCUUUGCUCAGACUCGUGUGGUGCUUUUUUCUAUUCUUUUUUCUUGGUUGUGCUGCAUAUGACAUGAACUUUGCUAUAGUUCCUCUCUGUUGGUAUCCAGUUGUAACUUUUUUUGCAGAGGUACAUGUUUUGAGAUGGAGUCCUGAUGGAGUAACCACCUAACUAGUUUCCUUUCAAUCAGACGUCUGUUUUUUAUUUGGUACACAGCUGCCCCAUUUUUUUACGUUAAGUUCAGUAUUAGUAUGACUGUGGCCUGACCUGCAGGCAGCUUGGGCUCCACUUGGUACUGGUACUGCUCAACUAUUAGCUUGCACAUUAUUAUCACUGUCUAAGACAAUGGAAGUAUGGAAGCAGAACAUAAAUUUGGACCUGAAAAUGAGGGUCUUUUUUCAAAGAAGCAGCUAUAAAUGACAUUUGUAAAAGUGUAGAACUGCCUCAAACCAAGCAUAUUAAAAGCACACGAUGCAACAACUGUGACUGUACAUAACAGGCUGGUUUGGUUUGACAAUCAAACUGUUCCCAACUGUAGUUGUAGUAGCCUUCAGUGCAGUGGAUCUUUGCAGCGGAGUAGCCUCAUAUAGUAGGAGAAAUUUAGAAAAAAGUAUAGUUAAUCUUACAACCUAGUGAUUUUUCUUUCUUUGAGCUUUUAUUAAAUGCUAGUACAAUAUUUGCUAGAAAAAAUCUCUUGCACAUCUCCAACAUAAUAUCAUGUUUGCCAUUUUUUAAUUCAUCAAGAAUAACACUUUGAAAGUCUACAACACGCAAUCUUGCUUUGGUGUGAAUACCAUUUGUUGUUGGUUGAUACUUGACUGUUACAUUGAAGAUGAUGGUGCAAUGAAGUCAAAUGCUUUCUUCUGUCUUAGGAAAACAGGGUGUUGGUUUGCUUGAAAACAUCAGAAAUGUUAGAUCAUGUGAAUAGUUUAUACACGUCAUGUGUCAGUUGGAGGACCCUAGAUUUAUACUCAAUU